AUGAUAAAGAUAACUUUUUCGCGUGAUGAACGUCUUGGUUGGUUAACCUUUUGCCCUUCCAAUUUGGGAACAACAAUACGUGCUUCUGUACAUAUUAAAUUACCAAAAAUUAGUUUGAAAGAAAAUUUUAAAAAAAUUUGUGAAGAAUUAAAAUUACAAAUUAGAGAAAUUAACGGAGAACAUACAGAAACCGAAGAAGAAAACAAUGUUUUUGACAUUUCUAAUAAAAAACGUUUAGGAAUAAAUGAAUUUGAGGCUGUUAAACAAAUGUAUGAGGGUGUUAAAAAAUUAAUUGAAUUAGAAAAAGGAGAAGAAAAAGAAAAAGAAAGUAAUUAA